ACUAGAGCAAUGAAAGUGGUAGACGUUUCAACGAUAGAAACAGAGCAUUUAUCUGACUAUCUGGAUGUAAACAGUAACUGGUAUACACUGUUAACAGUGUAUCACGUGCUGAUAACGAUUCUAUCUUUCUUUGGAAAUGCCGGGGUACUAUUCCUCUCGCACAGAUCCAAUGCAGUCCCAGUGGACUGUGUAUCCCUGGUCCUGGUAGAAGUGCUUGCAGCGCUACACAUCCUCCUCUCCCUCACCUCCCUAAUCUCCUCCAGUGCAACUCUCAUCGCACAACGCUGGAUACUCUCCCCACCCUGGUGUGCAAUCCAAGGCUUCAUCUCGUAUGUCUGUGUGGCAACACAGCUCUACAUUGUUUUCCUUUGCACGUGCUACAAAGUAUACGCGCUGCGCCACCCUCUAGCCUCGCCCGGGCGAGUUAUCCGCAGGUUCAUCGUUAUCUUAGUGGUAGUUAUCCUCUCUGUAAUGUUCACAUCCAUCAUGGGAGAGCACUACUACUUCUCACCUACACUCUUAUCUUGUAGACUCUCACAUGAACUAGGCUCUACAAGCUCACUGCUCGUUCUGGCUGGUUUCUUCUUCAUUCUACCUCUAAUCCUUACCAUUCUCUUCAAUAUCCUCGUGCUUGUGGACAGCGCUAAGAAGAGUGGCCGCUCAACCAGGCAGAGAGACAAUGUACGGACAAUGUUUGCAGUGUGCACGCUCAGUGCCGGGUGUUAUCUCCCCAUUAUGGUGGUUUUCAUGUACCAAACAUCGCACACAGCCGCACCCUGGGUGGUGGUCACCGCAGUGGAGAUAUUCUACAUCAGUACCUACGUGAACCCUUUCUUGUACGUGGCUAUCAGUUCAGGGUUCAGGCGGUUCUUGGUAAAAGGGCGCCGCGCGGAACAAAGCCAGGACAAUGGAGCAGGUACAGAUCCAGAGGACACGAUAACACAAGUUACUACAGCUCAGAAGAUAAGGACGAGUACUGCGGAGGAGCUGAAACCUAUCCCGACAUCACGUGGUGCGUCACGUGGUGCGUCACCAUCACCACCUCCUUUAGAGGCGCCAAAGGGAGUGUUUGCACGUGCGUACGAUCAGGCUCUUAGGAAGAGUAGUGUUGCUACUGAUUACGAGGAGAAUUGGGAGUACUAUUUCGCAUCUUAGAGAGCAAGCUUCUACUUAAUGUGAAUACUAUAAGCCAAACCAAGGCAUCAUUUAAAAUAAAAAGUACAAUCAUCACGAAGCACCCGUUAUCAGAAAACUAGAAACUCCAAAGCAAAUAACACGUGAUAUCUAACAAGACAACAACAAGUCACGUGAUAUAUAUCGUACCUCAAGAGCUGUUACAAAGCUUGUGAUCAGAUCCUCAGUUUGUCGAUGUAACAGAUCGGCCUUGUCGCUCGCCAGGGACCCCAUAGCAGCUCGGAUGCACAUGGCUACUUGGGUGAACUCUUGGGAGAUCUGUUGUAGGUCUGAUAACUUGUCCGCUGCUCGCAGUACACUCCAUCUGAGAGGUUGUGUGAUAAUUAGUUAAGUAAUUAGAUGAUUAACCAGAUGAUUUAUUAAUUAGCUUAUUUAUUUAGGAGUGAAUUUAAUUAUAAUUAAUUUACUAAUAUUUAUUACCUAGCACGAUUGAUGAUUGAUGAUUAUAAUUAUUGGGAUAUGGUUCUAGUUUGUUUUUAAAAGGUGACAAUGAUUCUGUGAUAUGAUUGGUCAAUACUAAAGUUAUCAUUGUCACGUGUCUAAAACCAAAACUGUUCAGCUUUCUCACUCACCAAACAACAUUUCUGUGCGAGUUAUGACUUAAAAUGGUAGAGUGAACUUAAAACUAGUGAUUGGAUUGACUGAUUUGAGUAGCUUAUUGAUAAACAAUUAUAUUAUUAUGUGGAUUCUUUUGGUGGUGAUGUAGAACUAAGAUUAGAAACUAUAAUUUGCAUAUUGUUGUAUAUCAAUGUAACGCGAGACUUUGAGUAAAUUGUACUGAAAUCAAUUAGUUGAUUUCCGUUACUUUUUUAGUGGGCUGACAGGAGUAAUAAUCAAGUGAUGGGCAAUUAUCACAGAAAUUGUGAGAGAUUUGUGUUGGUAUCGGAGGGGGGUUGACUUUAUAUUGCGGACCUAGUAUAGGAAGUACUGUAUUUUCUGAGUUGUACAUUUUAGGAUUAUAUCAUUUGAGAACGACAAAUGUUAGAGUUUUCCUAAUUUUACAGUGUGUCAUGUGACGACUGUGUAUAAUGAAAUUUUCCGCGCACCAUUUUGUGAGAUCAACACUUAAAAUGAGUAGAUUUAGACUUGAUGGUGCUCCUAUUCCAGCAGUAGGUUUAGCACAUAGUUUUAAAUGUAAAUUUGAGCGUUUAUAACCUCAGUUAUUUACAGGAUACAUUCCUUUUAAAACCUCGUGCUGUACAAAUAUAUGUACCUGAAUUCGGAACUGCAAGUGUCGUAUUACAGUGUAAAGUGUUGUACAUGACCAUAUGUUUAAAACGUUGCAGUAUAAUUUAAUGUUGGCAGUCC